AUGUUAUUUACACAAUCGGUUCUUGCUGUUAUCAAUUAUGUUCCAUACGGAAUAUAUAUUCUUUAUGCUUUGUUUACUGAUGGAUGGAUAAAAUCAACUUUGCGUAUCGCUUGGGAAGAUUUAAUUAUUGGAUUUAUUCGAUUGAGUUCCUACUUGUUUGCUGCUGGAACAUUUUAUGUAUCAAUUGUUUGGAAUCGUAAUUUUCGAAGAGAGUUUUUGAAGACAUUCGCAAUACGAAAAGCCAGAGUUCAUCCUAGACAUGGCAAGGACAUUGGUUUAACCACUAUUAACGUGAUUUCGUAA